CAGCGCGGCAGCGGCGCCGCCCAAAGCCCGGCCGGGCUCGGGGCCCCCGGGCCGCUCCGCGCCCCCCGGCCCGGGGCCUGCGGGCAGCAGCGUCCCCGGCCGCUGCAGGGGCUGCGUACAGAUUGUUCACCUGAUGCGAGCUGCGAGUGCCGCUUGUUGUUGCCGAGCCUUAUGCUGUGUGCAUAUGGUAGCUGCCAGCAGAAGAGGAUAACGCAUUUUGGGCUGUAGCUUAAAACUUUACCGAUGCUCCCUUGCUUCUCCCUGCUCGAGGGGUUUUAUUCGUUUGAGUGGAGAGGAAAUGGUAGAGGUAUCUAUUUGUCGGGUGAAUGUCGGCUUAGGAACUUGAAAGCAGUCGGAAGGUCUUAUUUGUUUGUUUUAUGUGAGGUUAUAAACCCUGUUACAGGUAUAAAUUGGCCGUUAUUAUUGUCAUUUCUGAUUUUAUAGAGGCACAGAUGUCUGGGUGUUGUGAAGAGGGCCAUGCCUCAGUGGUGCGUAGCUGCAAUAAACUCGGUGUUACUGAGAGGCUCAUGCCCUGGCUUCGGAGGCACAUGCAGCUGGCACGAGGCUGAGGCUUGGCUCCCAAAAUGGCACUGCAUCUGUAACUGCCGGCUGGCUGUUGGACAAUCUCACAUCCACAGCUGGUGGAUGUUAAGGCUAUUGUUGCUGGAUGUUUCUGUUUCCUCGGCUCAGUGCUGUCGGCAGAGAGGUAGUGGUGCUCUUGAGGAACUGUAUUUGUUUUCUGUGGGCACCGGCGGCUGAAGCUCCCCUUCCCUCACCUCUCUGAGGUGCUGUUUGUGGAUCGUGGGUACCAACAUGAUUUUGCCCUUGGCUCGAGUUGUCUACCAGGCAGUGUUUCUACAGAAGAUAAAGCUGGACCCUUCUGUAAAGAAUGGCGAGUUUUCCGAGUUCAAGACUUGCAGAAGGUUUUUCUUUCUUCCUGUGUUUUCUGUUCUUUCCUUCCCAGCAGACCUUUCUAAGUAUUUAAUGCAUGGUUGUGCUGAAGGUGUGUUUCAGGUCAGUGUAGGUGUUCCUGGUGCUUGAAGGAGCCAGGCUGGGAGCAGCUCAGAGCCGCUGCUUUCUGUGUCUCUCGUGGUGCUGCUUCCUCAGUCGGUGUAAGGCAGGAGUGCUUCUGCUGGCCACUCUCAUUCUGCAUCGGGGUAACUCAGGGUGGUUAGGAAACCAGAAACAGUGUGUAUGGGGAAUAUUUUUCUAGUUGAAAGUCUGUUCUGAAAGACUCUGAAAUUUGGCGAACAGGUAAAUAAUCCCUCAUAAAAUGUAAUAAGGCAAAUGUGUGCUACCAAUGUGCAGACGUGAAGUCUAGGUUUCUUCUGCUUCUUUGGCAUUAGCUUGGAUUUGGUCACUGGCAUCUUAUUCCCCACUUCUUCCCACUAUUAUUUUUCAACACCUCUUCUGCAUCAGCAUACAAAUGGUGGCCCGUUUUUCUUUGCAACAAAACAAUUGUAUUUUUCUGUCCUAGGUGAGCUUGUCUUUAAACCUGACACUGACAGUCAUUUUAAGUACUGCCACUUGCCUUACUCAAAACAGGGUUAUGUCAAGAGAAAUUGUGCUGCUGCUGCUUUUGUUUAUGUGGUAGUACUGUAAUAGGAAAAGACUUGUUCUUGUUACAAUGAAUGCUGGUACACCAGAAAUCCUGCUAAUGAUAGUGAUUAAUGGGUGCUGCUCAAAAUAGCUAUCACUGCUGAUAUGACUAAUUGUGCUGUAUGGAAAGAGCUCCUUUAUUCCCAGUGAUCUCGAAGCGUUUCUAGAGUUUGAAAGAAGUGUCUGAUCAGUGCAGACAGGUAACUGCACAGGGAGAUACAGAACUUGCUGGAGUGUGGCAGCUCUCGGGAGCUUGCUGCUGUGCUGCAGAACCAGUCAGGGCUGAGAAUGAGUAUUUUCUUGUGGUGAUUGUAGGUAGAUAGAAUAUUAUUACUGGAAUUGGGUGUUAGCCAGUGCAACAACCUACGUGUUGCUAACAAUGCCAGGGUAUUGUUAGUAGCUACAGAAGGGGUUUAUAUUGUACAUGAAAGAUGACAUUUCCAGCAGCAUGGGUAACCUCAUCGCAGGGUACUCUGCUGGGGCUGGCUCUGAGGGCAACUGGCGCUGCUGCACUUGACAAAAAUCUGUGUUGUAAUUGCUCUGCUCCUCUUAGAGCUUGGUGAUGUGUCUGGAUACCCUUCCCAGGCCUUUGGGCAUGGAGUGAUGGUGACAAGCUGCAGGCAAUCCCAUGCUUCUGGGCCAUGGUGCAUUCCAGCUUCUGUUUGGAUUUUGUAUGUACUGGAAACUUAGUGGGGACUGUGGAUGUAAACCAUAGAAGGUCCCAUGUCUUGAUGCCUGUAAGAUCUGAAAUUCUGGCUUGUAGGAUGAAAAAAUGUUUUGAAAAUUAAGUAGAGUAUGUUAAAGAUGGGUUUCACACUCACUGAGAAGAAGCUUGAAGUUGUGUUUGUUGCACCUCUGGCUUUGUGUUUCUUCUCUUCUGGGGUUCAUGUACCUCAAGACAAUUUUACAUUAGGAGCUGUUUAGACAUUUGUCCUUUCAGCCAUCAAAGAAACCCUUAAGGUGUGUGUGGGGGAACAGGACACAUUCCAUUCACAAAUUCUACUUUGCAGGUUAAUUGCCAAUUUGGUCUGAUAGAGUUCCAGUCUUCUAGUGUUCUGUGGAUAAACUGGUUUAGUCCAGUACUUGAAUUUUGUCAAAACGGUGAUAAAAAGAAUUCUAAAAUGGAACUUAAAAAUGAUAAUUUUGGUGGUAAUGAGGUGUGUUUCACUUUGAAGAGCUCUAAUGUGACUAGACAAAUUGUUUUGAGAACUGUGGUCUUGGAAUGUCAAUCUUGUCUUACCCUGCUGUAAUUAAUGAAUUAGUGUGUUGGGUACUUAAGAUGAAUUUUGGAGAAUUGAUCUGUAUGAUUCUGUUAAGGUCACAAGCUUUGCAUGAGGCAAACCAACUUCCAGGGAUUCAGGCUGGAGUGCUUUGGAGCAAAAGAAAAAGGAGUGAGUGUGUGUGAGAAAAAGCAGAAUAGAAGGUUUAGAAAUGCUGGUCAAGCCUUGAAGAAUGGCUGAAAAGGGGAAUGCAAAGGACCCCAGGUACGGCUGGGGGAGUCCUGGGAUGUCUCUGAGUGUAUAGGUGGGUCUGAGGUGGGAGUAGCUGAGGCUCUGUGAGCCUUUCAGGCAUCUUUGAGAGGCUGUGCAGCACGUCAGGCAUUUUCCCAGCUGUGAUACUGCAUUCCAUCGAUGGCAAAUUGACUUCAGUCUGGUGAUAACAUACGGCAGCUUAUCCAACUCCAGUUGGAAGUGUGAUAUUCUAGGACUUGGCUUUGAAGAACCAUUUGCACUAAGGAAAUAAAUAUUCUUCCUUCUAAGGAGAGCCCUCAUAGGAGAAGAACAUGAUAGCACUGGCAGAUAGAAUUUUUGCUGUAUUAGCUAAAAAGCAAACCAAAAACUUCAAAAAAAAUUGCUGUAGAGUAACUGAGAAUGUUUUACUGUUAGGGUCACAUUGACAAAAUAAUGCCCCAGGAGACAUCUUUACAGUGUGUCCCUAAGUUGUGACCAAUUCCUGCCUAUGUUUUUAGUAACAUUUUCUCCCUGAAAUAUCUGAUGAGUAUUUUCUGGGUUAGGCUAGCUAGAUUUUAAUUGUUCUUCUUCGUGAUCUUCUGUUGCUGGCUUUCCUAACAGUUUUCUGCUUUUUCAAGUGGUUGGGGGUUUGGGGUCAGUGGGACUCUGUGGUUUAUCAAGUCAUAUUACAGUGGGGUACUUGUCAGGCAUUAACAUUUUCUGGUAAGCAUUUCUGUACAACAGCAUUGCAAAAGAUAGAUUCUUUGGGAAAUUUCAACGGGAGAAUUAUUCCACCACCCUGUCGGUCACUCCUCAUGUUGAGCUGUUCUGUUUUUGUUCUUUCCUGAUGCUACCUGUGUGCUGGUUAGAAUGCUGUAAGGGAACAUGUCAACUGGCUGUUUAAUAGCAGUGUUUUAGGUGUGACUCUUGUUUAGUUGUGCACUCAGAGUUGACAUUUAAAUGGUACUGUCCAAUUAUAGAAAAUUCCUCGGGCUCUGUGUCGUGUACUCUGCAAUCUGGGAGCAGAAUAAAUCUCCUCAACCUAAACAGCUUCUGAAUGUAAGAGAAAGUUUGUUUCCCUUGAUGGAAAUAGUAAUAUUAAACUUAGUUUCUUUAAUCCUUUAUUUUAACACAUUUUGGGAACUCUAAAGCAGAGUUGUAGAGGGGAGGGCUGGAGAAGAGCAGGAACAAGGGACUUCCUUUUUUCCACUUCUCCACAGGCAUCUCUAGUGUGAUUCAUUCAUGUGAGGGUUGUCUACCAAUGAAAUUUAUCUCUAAUCCUGGCAGUAACUGAGUGUUUUUAGUUUCCCAAGUAGAUUACCUGACUGUCAUAACUGGUAUGUUUGUGAGUUUCUGGAUGUUUUUGGGAAUUCCUCUGGAUUUACUGGGGUAAAAUUAGAUCCUUUGAAGCAUGUCCACAUGAUUUGUUUCAUACCAGGAUAUUCAGGGCAAUGAUGCUUGGUAUUUUUUGAUAUGAGUUGAACUUCCUGCUCUUCUGUACAUAUUACAGAAGUUGGCUGUGUACCUGGGAACACUUUGAGUCCAAGCACAAGGACUUCCCUGGAGAAAGAUAAAGCGCCUGAAUGUCUGCAGCUCACAUUCCAGGAAAAUCUGGAGAUCUUUCCUAAGAGUCUAAGUACAAGGAAAUGACCUAGAGGCCUUACAAAUACAUUUGUGCAUUUUUGUUCUGAGUCUGCAAUUGAAGGCAAACGCAGUCUGGAAGCACCACUUCUUAAAGUUACAACGGAAACAACUACCUCAACAAACAGGGAAAGGGGAAGAAGGCUUGCAAUAACAAACUCUAGUUUUUAAUAGCUUAUACUUGCAAAGUCUUCUGUAAACAGUCCAGAUUUUUUUUCCCCCCUCCAAUAUUAAGAAGAGACACUACAAGUAAACUGAGUUGGCAGACUGGAUCUGUCAAGACAUUUGAAGAUAUUUGAUCUGCUGACAUAAGGAUUUGCUUUUUCAAGGAAAGAGCCUCUGCACUGCUUUUAUAAUCGCUGUUGAUCGGUGGUUUGCUCCACUUUUGCUGAUACUACUAAUGGGAGAACUGUAUUAAGGUAUUGCUUCUAAAACUAUUACUUGCAUUGACAAAAUUAACUUUUGUAGAUGCAACAGCAAGGGACAAUGUUGUGCUCGUGAAGAACUUGUAGGCGAUCGCUUCUCUGCUCCAGUUGGCUUUUCUGCCUGCGGAGGGGAUACCACACAAGGGACAGAGCAUUACUGAGAUACUUGGGCUUGCUUUUUGAGUACAGUUUAUAACUGCAGCAGGGCUGCACCCAACAUUGAAAACACGGAGUCAGCAAAUCUGCUGCCGUUCCCACUGCUGAUACAGAUUAUACAGACGCUUGCCUUUCUGAAAUGCCUUUUGUGAAACCUAUGUACACAGUCCUGCACUGUUACUGUACAUAGAUACCCGAGGAAGGAAUUUGACGAGUGAUUGUUAAUUCAAGAACUCUCUGGACGAGCAGUCACUUAUGUAUUGCUGCAGUGCACAAGAAAGCAAAAUGGACUACAAGCGGCGCUUUUUGCUUGGCGGGUCCAAGCAGAAAGUGCAGCAACACCAGCAGUACCAAAUGCCCGAGCUGGGCAGGACCCUGAGCGCCCCGCUGGCCUCCCCCAGCACCCCCCUGGUGUCCCCGGCUGCUGCGGGCGGCUGCUCCCACCCCGCCUCCCACACGACUCCCAUCGCAGACAUCCAGCAGGGAAUCUCCAAAUACCUGGAUGCACUCAACGUGUUCUGCCGUACGAGCACUUUCCUCACAGAGCUUUUCAGCAGCGUGUUCAGGAACUCGCACUACUCUAAGGCAGCUAUGCAACUGAAAGACGUGCAGGAACAUGUCAUGGAAGCGGCCAGUCGACUCACAGCAGCAAUAAAACCAGAAAUAGCAAAAAUGCUGAUGGAGCUGAGUGCAGGAGCUGCAAACUUCAAAGAUCAAAAAGAGUUCAGCCUACAAGACAUUGAGGUACUUGGGCGAUGUUUCUUGACAGUGAUGCAGGUCCACUUCCAGUUCCUGUCCCAGGCUUUGCAGAAAGUCCAGCCAGUGGCACACUCCUGCUUUGCUGAAGCUGUAGCUCAGGAGAGGAAGAACGUUAGUGGCACUGGAGCCUCAAAUAUAAGCCCCACAAAUGAGCUGGAAGAUGCAAUAAGAUCAUGGAGAGGAGCAGCAGAGGCCACAUCUCGACUGCGAGAAAGAGGCUGUGAUGGAUGUUUGGCAGGAAUUGAAGUUCAGCAGCUUUUCUGCUCACAGAGUGUGGCCAUCCCUGAACAUCAGCUCAAAGAGCUAAACAUGAAAAUUGACAGCGCUUUGCAGGCUUACAAAGUGGCUCUGGAGAGCUUGGGUCAUUGUGAAUAUGCAAUGAAGGCUGGCUUCCACUUGAACCCAAAAGCAAUUGAAGCAAGUCUUCAGGGCUGUUGCAGUGAAGCUGAAGCUCAGCAAACAGGAAGGAGGCAGACUCCACCUCAGCCCAUCCAGUGUGAGCUGCCCACUGUCCCUGUCCAGAUUGGAUCCCAUUUUCUGAAAGGAAUCUCCUUCAAUGAGUCUGCAGCAGAAAACCUGAAGCUGAAGACGCACACAAUGCUGCAGUUGAUCAAGGAAGCUGGAUGCCACAAUGGACUCACCCCCCGGGACGACUCUCCCGUGACUGAAGUGCUGAACCAGGUCUGCCCUUCCACGUGGAGAGGAGCCUGCAAAACUGCUGUGCAGCUGUUGUUCGGCCAGGCCGGACUGGUGGUUGUGGACACAGCACAGAUUGAAAAUAAAGAAGCCUAUGCUCCUCAGAUAAGUUUAGAAGGAUCAAGAAUUGUGGUGCAAGUUCCAUCAACUUGGUGUCUGAAAGAAGAUCCAGCAACAAUGUCUUUGCUGCAGAGGAGUCUGGAUCCAGAGAAGACUUUGGGCCUGGUAGAUGUGCUCUAUACUGCUGUGUUUGAUAUACACAGGUGGAAGGAAGGAAGGGAGCAAGCUUUGCCUUGUAUUCAGAUCCAGUUACAGCGUGAAAUCUCAGAAUUUGGGAGCCAAGUUGACAUGCCGUCGGGGAAUGGAAGCAAAUCUUCAGGGGGUCUGCAAAAGACAUUCUCAAAACUGACUUCACGGUUUACAAAAAAAACUUCCUGCACUAGUACAAGUAACACAGGAAGUUACUCAAUCCCCAACACACCUUCCAAAAACGUCUUCAUAAGUUCCAGCUCAGAGGAGAAAGCUAAAAUGCCCACUAACGUGGACGCACGGUUGCAGAACAUCCUGAACAUCGGUAACUUCCCUCGGAGCGCAGAUGCCCUGCAGCCAGUGCAGAGCACAAACCACCAGCUCGUCAAUGGGUUUCUAGUGGAGAGACGGGACAGCUUCUUCAAACCAGAUGAUGGCAAGGAUGACAAAGGUAUGAAUUUACCAACUGACCAAGAAAUGCAGGAUGUUAUAGAUUUCUUGUCUGGUUUUAACAUGGGCAAAUCGCAGCAGACUUCUCCGAUGGUGAAAAGAAGGAACUCUGUUGCAUCCUCUACAGCAGCAGAACAGAAGUCAGGAGCAGUUCAACAGCAGCCGCAGUCUGUGUCUCACACCCCGCUGCAUCCUCCUCAGCAAGGCUUGUCCCAGCAGCAGUCCCAAAAGCAACAGCAGCAAAUGCAGUAUUACCAACACUUGCUUCAACCUAUUGGACCACAGCAACGUGUACCUGCCAAAUGGCUCAGUAAUUCUUCACAGCAGCAAGCUCCGGCUGUUGGAGCUGGGUUAUCUCAUAUAAAUCAGUGGAACAAUCCUGGUUUUUCAGAUUUAAGCUCUGAUUUGUACAGCUUGGGUCUUGUGAGCAGCUAUAUGGACAAUAUGAUGGCAGAGAUGUUAGGACAGAAACCACAAGGACCUAGAAACAACACAUGGCCAAAUCGUGACCAAACUGACGGAGUGUUUGGGAUGUUGGGAGAAAUCCUGCCUUUUGACCCUGCAGUUGGCUCUGAUCCAGAGUUUGCCCGCUAUGUUGCUGGGGUGAACCAGGCUAUGCAACAGAAGAGGCAAGCACAGCACGUCCGGCGUCCAAGCACCACGCGUGGCAACUGGCCUCUUCCUGAUGAUCCUCAUAAAACCUGGCCCUUUCCUGAGUAUUUCACCGAGGGUGAUGUGACAAACAGCUGGUCUGGUACUCAAGGAGACUCUGCCAGCUCAAGCGAUGAGACCUCCUCAGCUAACGGAGACAGUUUGUUCUCCAUGUUCUCAGGGCCAGACCUUGUUGCUGCUGUAAAGCAGAGGAGAAAACACAGCAGUGGUGAACAGGAACCCAGCACACUGCCAUCGCCUCCACUUCUCUCUGCAGCAGAUGACCGCAGUCAGGAUAACAAGACCAAAACGUGGCCUCCCAAGGCCCCGUGGCAGCACACAUCCUCUGUGCCGAGCACGCUGCCCAGCCAGAGCACGUCCCUGUACCCCAUGAGCAGCCCCGUGAGCCAGUGGAGUGACACCAUGCAGAUGCUCCAGUCGCCCAUGUGGGCCAGCGACUGCGCCCCGGCGGCCGGCAUCUCCUCCAGCUUCGCCUACGCGCAGCAGCAGCAGCAAUCCCAACAGGCUUCCCAGCACAAACAGAUGAACAAGGGCUUUAAAUCUUUCCCAAUAAAGCACGAACGCAGACCAUCUUACCUGCACCAGUACUAACUGCUUCUCGUACUGGAAAAUGCAGCACAGGGCCAAAUGAAAAUGACAUGACUCUGAUUCACAGUGCUGUGUUGGCUAUAUCCUGUUUCUCUCUUGAUGUGGGAUUGAGGGGGUUUGGGUGAGAUAGACAAACUCUUGGAUUCUGAGCUACAGUGCUGAGCAAAUAUGGCCAAUAUGUUUGGUGUAGAUGAAACAGCCCAAAACUGUGAUGUAGAAAUGCUUUUAAAAUGUGUAAUUGCCUUUACUUUCAAGACUUUUUUUUUCUAAAAAGAACUGCUGAAGGACUACCAUACAAGAAACACUGUAUUUUAUAGCUAUUUUUCAUAUAGAUUUAUAGUUAAAACAUCCUACUGAAACACAUUGAAUAUGUUGAAGCAAAUAUAUAGUGGUCACUUUGCUCAACACUGUUUGUGUUUAAAUUUAUAAAGGAGAAGCUGUAGAACCUUUGUAUUCUCCAUUACAGCCUGUGGGCGGCUUUUUUAAAAUGAAGUGCAACAGCAGCUUUUCCUGUGCUACACAAGCGAGUUCAUUUGGGAACUGCUGCAGAAACAGUCACAAAACUGAGUUUUGUGGCAGUUUCCUUACUGUAGGUGAAGAUCAGCAGAACCACUCAGCCUUGUGUCAUCAACAUUACCUGAGCUGCUUGACAUAGAUGGCACCUGUGUGGACAGAGGGACCCUGGUUCUCACACACCUGUGUGGACAGAGGGACCCUGGUUCUCACACACCUGUGUGGACAGAGGGACCCUGGUUCCCAACACCUGUGUGGACAGAGGGACCCUGGUUCUCACACACCUGUGUGGACAGAGGGACCCUGGUUCCCAACACCUGUGUGGACAGAGGGACCCUGGUUCUCACACAAACCGUGUCCUAUGGCCGCAUCUGGCCAAAGGCAUUAUCCACAAGGUGCUCCUGCAGGGUGUGAAAGCAAAGCCUAAGAGACUACUUGCAUUUAUUUAAAGUCUUAUUUCAGAUGCUACAGUUGAUUAAAAAUUGUGAGCUGGCUCAGAAGAUAGUAAAACUGAAAUGUGGGGUAGCAGUUAGUUUAAAGAACAUUAUUUUUUAAAGGAUAAUUAUUUGCAGUCAAUAUGUGCCAUUAAGAGAACCUGUGGAAUUAGGAAUAAUCUUCCAACCAAAGUGGAUGGGGGCGAGUGACUGGUGCUUACAAAUUCAAGAACAAUGGUAAAUAUAUGUAUACCUAUCCCACUGUAUAUUAAUUGAGAUUACAGAAGAUUCUUUAUAUAGUUAGAGCUUAUUUAAAUUUUCAUAUUUCAUCUUUGAAAGAGUCUAAAAACCACAAUAUUUUCUGGUA